CCGAUUCACAGGGGACGACUGGCAAUAUGCGGUUACUUCGACCUCACCCAGCUGUUCCCGAUGCCUUGGAAGAUUUCCUGAAACAAAACAAUCAAGACUUAGAUGGCUAUAAACUUCUUCAUUGUGGAAAUGUGAGCUUUAUUCGAUGGACUGGAUUGGGCUGAUAGAUAUCUCCAAGUUUGUAGUUGCUGCAGCCCCAUAUGGAGGUCCAAUAGCAUUGAUGAAGGAUGAGAGUAAGGCUGUUGUGUCCAACGUCAAACCAAUCAUCAGCGUGUACAACGCAGCUGGGAAGUUGCUAAGUCAGCUCAGGUGGAACAGUGGUCACAUUUUACAGCUUGGCUGGUCGAACACAGAAGAAUUGCUUUGUAUCCAAGACGAUGGGGUUGUUCUCAUCUACGAUAUAUAUCUCAACUUCAAACGGACGUUUGGUAUGGGUCAGGAAGCGAAAGACGUAAAGGUUUUGGACUGCAGAAUUUUCUCCAGCUUUCAAGGAACUGGCAUUGCAGUCAUGACGACCGCUUUCCGAAUAUUUCUCAUCACGAACGUGGAAGAUCCCAGAAUCCGAAGACUAGCAGAAAUUCCUGGCCUGAACUCGGCUCCCAGUAGCUGGGCCAUCAUCAACAUGGACCGACAGUCGAGGGCCCUCGUUGCCAAGGAAGCGGAACUGUAUCUUGUGGACCACGGUGGACAGUAUCAGCAACAGAAUCCCGAGAUCUCAGAUGUAGGUUCAUAUGUUGCCAUGGCGGUUUCGUUUAACAGUAAAUACCUCGCUCUGUUCACAGACACUGGGAGUAUCUGGAUUGGUUCCUCCGAUCUUCAGAAGUGUUUCUGCGAGUUCAACACCAAGUCUCGGUCGCGGCCUGAUCAACUCGCCUGGUGUGGCAAUGGUGCGGUUGUGGCAUUGUGGGAUCGACUGAUGGUUGUCGUCGGACCAGACAAAGACUGGAUAAAGUAUAAUUUUGACAGUCCCGUGGCUCUGGUCCAAGAGGAGGACGGGCUGCGAGUGUUCGGCAAUGAUGUUCACGAAUUCUUGCAGAAAGUUCCACAUGUAACCGAGCAGAUAUUCAAGAUUGGAUCGAUGGAGCCAGGAGCGAUGCUGUUUGAAGCUUGUCGAGAAUUUCAGAAGCGCAGUCAGAAAGCGGACGAGUACGUGCGUAUGAUCAAGGACAGACUGGAUCUAGCCAUCGAUCAGUGUAUUCAGGCGGCGGGACACGAACUCGAACCAGCUAGACAGAAACAGCUGCUCAGGGCUGCAUCAUUUGGCAAGUGUUUUCUGACCGACUAUCAACCAGCGGCAUUUGUAAACAUGUGUCAGAUGUUACGAGUCCUCAACCAGACAAAACAUCACUCAGUGGGGAUUCCCCUCACAUACACACAACUGGAGCACCUGACGACUCCCGUUCUUAUCGAUCGGCUCGUCGUGCGCAAACUCUUCUGUCUGGCCAUCAAGAUCUGCCAGUAUCUGAAAAUACCAGAGUCCGAGGGAUCCAGCCGGAUACUCGCACACUGGGCAUGCUACAAGGUUCAACAGAAGAGCGUGGAUGAGGAGACGUUGGCUCGAGCGAUCUCUCAGAAACUGCUAGACGUGCCUGGCGUUUCCUUCAAGGAGAUCGCUAGUGAAGCCCUGGAACAGGGCAGGAAACAGCUGGCUAUCAAGCUGUUGGACUAUGAGCCAAAAGCAUCGGAGCAAGUUCCGCUGUUACUCAAGAUGGAACAAGAUCAAGUCGCUUUGUCUAAAGCCAUAGACAGUGGAGAUAGUGAUCUCGUGUACACUGUUCUGCUGAGAAUGAAGGAGAAACUCUCAAAUAGUGGAGACUUCCUCAUGGCAAUCCGAACCAGCCCUAUAGCGUACUCCCUCUAUCUACAGUAUUGUAAACAACAGAAUCCUACACUAGUAGAAGAGUUGUAUUAUCAGGAAGAUAACUUCCUCGACAACGGCAAUUGUAAAGUUAUACGCAGUUUUGUUGAAGAGAUGCUAGAAGACCGCAUCAAAAGACUGGAAGAAGCUAAAAACUGCUACGAUCGAGCGAAAAAUGAAUUUGCAAGCAAGCAAACUGAAGAGCAGAUGAAGUUACUCAAAUACCAGCGUCGGUUUGAGGAGGAGCUGAGUCGGCCAUACAUGGAUCUCUCUCUACACCAGACCAUCUACAGCCUGGUUGUCGAGGGUAACCACAAGGCAGCCGAACUGCUGCGCAAGGAGUUCCGUGUGCCAGACAAGAGAUAUUGGUUGUUGCGAGCUGGUGCCCUAGCAGAAGCUGGGGACUGGACAGAACUGGAAAAAUUCUCUAAAAGCAAGAAACCCCCUAUUGGCAUGGAGGAGUUUGUGGAAGUCUGUAUGAAGCAAAACAACCGAACGGAAGCGGCGAAAUAUCUCGUCCGAGUAUCGGCCGACAAGAAAGUGAAAUGUCUCGUACAAAUGGGGAAGCUAAAGGAGGCAGCAGAAACUGCGCUUGAGAACCGCAAUGAGGAGGAACUGAACUUCGUGUUGACCAAAUGCGUGAACACGGACAAACAGCUCGUCGACACGGUGCGCGCCAUGAGGAACGAAUUGUACACCAAGAAAUAACUCUUCUCUUUCGUGAAGAUCGAUUAUUACCAUCCCUCUACAUUCCACUGAUGUUGCAGAAAAAUAUUUCUGGGCUUCCUGGUUUCCGGUUUCCAGGAUAACAAUCUAUAUGCGUACAGGCUCCCAUUUUUGUAGUGGGAAGGGCAGGCUGGUUUUUGCCCAAAUUAAACGAAAAUGCCCAAAUCUGAAUAAUAACAAUUAUUCAUAUUAGCAUUACUGCCAAAGAGCUAUAUAGGGUUAUAAACGAAUCAUUACACAUUUCUACAUGGAUUACAACUAAUAUUGCGAGUAGAAUAAUAGAAAUACAUGGUAAAAAGAUCUGAGAUUAGCACAUUUUGCCAGAAUAUCUUCAUCCUUUUUGCCUGAAUUACGCUUAUGUAAUAAUCAGUACAUGUUUCAAACUUGUAAAAUGUGUGUCCAUAAUAAUAUGAUAUAUUACCCUUAAAGAUACUUUGGUUCAUAUCAAAGUAUUAUAUCCCACUAGAACGUUAAGUGGGACGGAACACUUCGAUAUCAUAUAAUGACGUUAUACGAUAGAUGCACUAUGACCGUACUGGAAUGUUAAUCAAAAGACUUGAGUGAUAUAAACUGAAAUCGAUGAUGGAUAAUAUAUGCUCUCGAAGUGAUCUUAACGCUUAAGAUUGCUUUGUGGAAUACCUCUCCUUCCCCGUACUAUUUUGAACACAUUACUUGUGGAAUUCUGAAGAUGUGCCCAAGGCAUGUGUGCUUGGACCUUCAGUGAAUGUAUCUGAUUAUUGAUUCAUUGACUGACUGAACAGAACAAAACUUAAAAAGCAGUACUGACCAUUCAUACGCCUUGUUCGGUGCAUCUCAUCCAACUUCACAAGACGUUUAAAAUCAUGGUCACAUGAUGUCGGAUUGUGUAAGAUUCAUGUUUAAAUAAAUGUUAUUACAUUUGUAAUAUGUUGUUAUGUUAGAUAUUUAUAAAACAUUAUAUGUAAAACAAUUAAGUAUAUGUGCAAUAAAUUAUUUUUAUAAAAACUCA